AUGGGACAUGAUGAUGAUGAUGAUGAUGAUAAUAUUUUACAAGAUUUUGAUGAAGAUCAUCAAGAAAUCAUGACUGAUUAUGCUGAUGAUCUACAAUCAAUUAAACUUG